ACGCGCAUGCGUCCAAGUUCCUAAAGAAUGCUGACAGCUGAAACAAAUAUGGUAGAAAGAAGUUGAUGUAAGGAAGGAAGAAUGAGAUGAUUUUGGGCUUUGUGUACAAAUUAUUGUACGGGGGAUGUGUGACUGUUACUACUGGCUGCAUUCUUAACUGUCUACUGGAGCAUGUGGUCGAGUUCACUGUGCUUUCAGGGCCUUCCAUGAUCCCCACUUUCAACGUGAAGCAGGAUGGAGAUCUUGUGAUCACAGAGCAUUUAAGUGCACAGUUCAGGACUAUAAAGAAAGGUGAUGUUGUCAUAGUAAGAUCUCCUGAGAAUCCUAGAGGCCUUAUUUGCAAGAGGAUUGCUGCCAUGAGUGGAGAGCGAAUCAGAACUGGCGAGGAUGGAAAGGAUGAUUUUAAAAUUCCAAAGGGACAUGUUUGGUUGCUAGGUGACAAUCCAAAUUAUUCAAAAGACUCCAGAGACUAUGGUCCAGUUCCUUAUGGACUCAUUAGAGGAAGAGCUUGCUUUAAGGUUUGGCCCCUUGCUGAGAUUGGAAAAGUCAGAAACCCAUUCAGUAAUAGGUGACCCUACUGACAAAAUAUCAACUGACUGGAGGAAUGUUAUAAGUGCCAUGCAUAAUGACAAGGCUUGCGAUUGAUAGCAAAGGAGACAUCAGAGACAUUUAAUAAUAAAUUACAUGUACAAGUACAGAAUGUAUUUGACAAAUAAUAAAUUUUAUUAUUCAAUGAUAAUUUCAACUGCAUAGGUGAUAGUCAUUUUUGAAGUCCUUAUACAUGUAGAAAGGGCAGAUGGUGUGGGUUAAUUUAGGGACUUAGAUGUAAAAGGAAUUUGAAAAACUGUUCAUAUAAUGUGUGUUUUGUAAUUAAGCCUCACUGGAAUGUCUUGUGGAAUUUUGAUAUAUUAUAAUGUGCCAAUGUAUUGAUCGCAGAACCUUGUGAAAAGCUAGAAUUUAUAACCAAAGAGUGACACUAGAGCUGCAAUAAUCACAGCGAUCGUCAGCAAUAAACUGUGAAGCGUCCAAUUACUGUGAAGCUUCCAGCCAUUAAAGUACUGUAAAAUGGAAAUCCA